CGUGAGGUGUGUGUUCAAGCGAUAUAAAAAUGAAUUUGUGGAACAUUAAAAGUCUACCCAUACCUCCAAUAAACACAUAUAAAGCAGAAGACGCCAAAAUAGAUAUAAAGCACUUAAGUAAAGUAUUCCGUGAAGGUAAAGAACACUUUGAUAAUGAGCACUAUAUGAGAGCGGAAUAUAAAGUCAUGUCAGUAAUUAUAUACCGAAUGAAACAAAAAUUCCGAUGUGCAAAAGACUUUAAAGCUCUUGAGAAGAUAUGUAAAGCUUUAGAUAAUUAUUUUGAAAUCUGUAUAUCAAAGGAUUUGAAAAACUUCAUGAAUCUUAUUCCACCAAGAUAUACAGAUGAAACGUAUUUACCUAAUAAAAGUGUAUUAGAUUACAUUCUUGUACGUUUACAAGGCAUGGUUAAGCUUUUAGAAAGAAUUGUUGAGACAUGCAAGAUAACCGCUUAUUUAUUUAAUAGAAGGUUACACACCGGCCACUUUUGGAAAAUAGGAUUCAUAGUAUUCUCGCUGGUGUCAAGAAUAUACAUCCUUGCAAAAUAUGGUGCUAAGUUUAUUUGUGAAUUUUAUAAUAAACUGUUACCAUUUUCACGUCAAUUAAAAAACAGUGGACGUAAUUGGUUACCUGAAAAUUACGUUUUACCAACAGAUCUUCAAAAGUGGAUGAAUGUGGACUGGUUAGACGUCGACGAUGAAUUACAAGUUAUUGAAGCGUCUGAAAUUCCAAGCAUUACACAAUUCUUUGAUCUGGUUAACGAUGAUGAUGAUAUUCAAUUUUGUGAUGAAUAUAUUAUGAUUGAUGACGAUGAUGUGAAACUUGGUAAUGAAUUUAACAAGCUAGUUGAUGUCAAAGAAAGCAUACAGAAGAUGAGAGGAUUUGACAUGGAUGAAGACAUCGGUGAAGUUAUAGAAGUUGAUGAUAGUUUAUUUGAAGAAAGUAUUGCUCCGCAAAGAGAAGGCAUUAGUGAAAUUAAGGAAAAUAAUUUUAAUUUUGGUAGGAGUAUUGAAAUUAACGACAGUUUGCAUUUACUUAAUGAAAAUACGUUUUCUGAAACAUCGGACAAAGGCAGUAUCAACGAAAUAAUUAUUUUAGAUAAUUCUUUAUCUAACUCAAAAGAAAACUGUAGCGAAAUCAAUGAGGUUAUUGAACUUGAUGAUAGUUCUUUAAUAAUCAGUGAAAAUGAUGUCAACACACCUAAUAACAGUCGGGUUAUAAAUAUAUUUGACAAUUCUCUUUCUGAUGUGAACCCUUCAGCUAGUUCUACCCCCUUAUCGAAUGUGUUACAAUCUCGCCCUAAUUCUAUUAAUUUAGAGAGGGAAGUCGUAACUCUGCCAAACACACCGGUACAAAGUAAAAGAAACAAACGAAAUGAAGGAAUGGUUAAAAAAGGGAGGAAAAAUUUGAAAAAUGAUCACAUCUCUUCUAGAAAAUCUUCAUUAUUACAAACUGAGUUUGUUAGUUUAUGUAAUGAAGCUGUAACAUUACCAAAGCCGUCUAUAAUAAGUAAAAGAAAGAAAAAGGAAAGAGUUCUUAAAAAUAAAGUUCUUAAUAAAAACAUAAUACCCGAUUCCAAAAAUUACCAAUUGUUACAAACCAAUUUUCAUAGUUUAAGUAAUGAUACUGUAACGCUACCAAAAUCAUCUCCAAUAGGUAAAAAAAACAAAAAGGAAAAACUUCGUAAAAAUAAAGUGGAUGGUAACUCUAUAACCACUUCCCAACAAACUCCAUUGUUGCAAACUGGUUUUGUGAGUUUAAGUAAUGAAACUCUAAGGUUACCAAAAUUAUCCGCAGUAGUAGAUAAAAGAUAUAAAAAACAAAAAAAAGCUCUUAAGAAGGCAAGUCCGAAUAAUGACUUUAAAACCAUUUCUGAAAAUUGUUCAAUGUUAGAAACUGAUGUUAGUUUGCAUAACACACCUGCAAUACGACAAAAAUUAUCUGUAAUUUGUAAAAGAAAUAGUGAAAAUGUAAAAGCUGCGAAAACCAAAAAUCUGAAAAAUAAGUUGAGGAAACAGAGUAAAUUAAACAAUAAACAAGAAAAAGCUCUUAAAAAAGAGAAUCUGAAAAAUGGCCCAAAUUCUAAAAGGAAUAAGAAUACAGCCAAAAAUGAUGAAGAAACUGUAAUAAAUAUAUCUGAUUCAUCUUCAUUACAAGAAAAUCAGAAUGAGAAUAGGAUAAAAAGGAAGAAAUUGAAAUCUAAAAGAGACAGAAACACAAUUAAAAGAUAUUUGAAUUCUUCAAGUAAAAAUAAGGUUGAUACAAAUGUAUCUAAAAGUAUCGUAAAGGAUCCUUUUCUGAAAACGAAGAAAAGGGAAACAAAGCAAAAUGGUAAAGUUUUGUCAAACGUUGCAAAUGCAAGACAAAUCCAAACCGAGUAUGCAAAUGAUCGUAAUAGGAAAAGGAAAUGGGAAGGUGUUGAUGAAAGCUCAUGUGAAAAGGUGAAAAAAUGUAAGAGCUCAAUUAGUGAAUGGCCAAAAAUAAAAAGUCCAAAGGAAAAUAAACUAGUUAGAAGAGUUCAAUCUAAUGUACAAAAUUUGGAUACAAAUAGUGCACAAAUAAAAAUAAAACAGGACAAGCCUAUUUUAAUAAAAACUGCAAUGGAAAGUAACACUUUAAUUAGUGGGGUAAAGAGUAAUAAACGGAAAUUCAAAAAACCCAAAAAGAAAAAUGUACAGAAGAAUGCGGUACACGUUGCACAACAAACCAACAGUUUUAAACAUUUAUCAAAUAAGAAUACAAAUAAUUUGAAAAAUAAUCAAUUUUCUUCACUUAAAAGGAAGAAAUAUAGGUAUUUUCAUUAAGAAAGCCAGAUGAAAAGGAACAUGAAAUUGUGUUAAA